CUAACAAUCAUUCUAAAGGUGACCGGAUCGAUGGCAAGUGUUGUAAAGGGUAUGGACAAAGCCAUGGAAUCCAUGAAUUUAGAAAAGAUUUCUAUGGUCAUGGAUAAGUUUGAGGCUCAAUUCGAAGAUCUCGAUGUUCAAACACGAUACAUGGAAGGAACGAUGGGAAGCACUACGACAAUGUCCACACCCCAGGAGGAAGUGGAUUUACUUAUGCAGCAGGUAGCCGACGAACAUGGGUUAGAAUUAAAUCAAGAACUUGAUUCUGCAACCCCUGUUACCGAGGUUGCCAAUAAAGUGAAUGACGAAGACGAGCAAUUAUCGGAACGCCUACGCAUGUUAAGGCAGACCUAG